UAAAAUGGAUGCUUUGGGCAGUCUCCUUCCUUCCGUGGUUGGAAAUGGUGAUACGGCUAACUCACAAGAAUUACAAAAACUUCUGAUUGAUGAAAAAAUGCGAUGUGAACACCAUAAAGCAAAUUAUCAAACUAUAAAGGCAGAACAUCUAAGAUUACAGGAGGAAUAUACAAAAUCACAAGAUGAACUGAAGCGGUUGUUAGUUGAAAAGCAGACUGUACAUGACAAAUUUCAGUUUCUUCUUGCUGAAUAUCGAGAGGAGUUGCUGGGUAAAACACAAGAGCUGGAAAAACUGAAGAUGCAGGUGAGAAUUUACUGGCAGGACUUAAUAUGAAUUUUAAUCCUAAACAAGCAGGAAUUGGAAUCUCCUAUGACAGAACGUUAUCGGAAGCUAGAAAAUGAAGUGGAAAAAUACAGAACAGAAUAUAACAAACUUCGUUAUGAACAUACUUUUCUGAAAUCAGAAUUUGAACAUCAAAAGGAAGAACAUGCACGUAUUUUAGAAGAGAAGAAAAUAAAAUACGACGCUGAGAUUGCAAGGCUGGAUAAAGAUAAAGAAGAACUCCAUAAUCAGCUGCUUAGUGUUGAUCCCACGAGGGACAGUAAACGCGUGGAGGCACUCUGUAGAGAAAAGGCACAACUGUAUCAGAAAUUAAAAGGCUUAGAAGCAGAAGUAGCAGAACUAAGAGCAGAAAGAGACAAUUGUGGUGUGCAAGCAGAAAAUGUUCAAAGAGUACAAGUACGACAGUUAGCUGAGAUGCAGGCCAUGACAAGGUCUCUAGAGGCAGAAAAGAAGUCUGCUGAACUACAGAUUGAUCGAACUGAGAAAGAACUACGGAUGAGUCAUGAGCAAAACAUUCUCUUAACUAGUAAACUUCACAAAUCUGAACGAGAAGUCAAUUCCUUAGCUGCUAAAGUAAAAGAACUUAAACAUUCACAUAAAUUGGAAAUAACAAAUGUCAAACUGGAGGCAGCAAGAACAAAGAGUGAGGUAGAAAGAGAGAGAAACAAGAUUCAAAGUGAAAUGGAUGGAUUGCUGUCAGACAAGGAAAUUCUUAAGGCAGCUGUUGAACGUCAUAAGGUGCUUUUAGUAGAAAAGGAUCGGGAGCUAAUUCGUAAAGUGCAAGCUGCCAAAGAGGAAGUUUUUGAAAAAAUUGCAGCCUUACAGGAUGAAAAGUUAGAACUCGAGAACAGAUUAGCUGAUCUAGAGAAGAUGAAACUGGAACAAAAUACUUGGAGACAAUCUGAAAAGGAUCAGUAUGAAGAGAAACUACGUGUUGUACAGUUGGCAGAAGAAUCUAGCAAAAAGGAACUUCAGCGUUUGCGAUUAAAAAUUCAACAGCAAGCGAUUCAGACAGAGGAAUUGGAAGAAAAGAAACGUGAAAGUGCUGAUCUGAAACAGCAAAUGCACGAUAUGCAACUCCAACUUGCCUCACUUGCUCAGUCAGAAAAUAAUUUACUGGAGUCUAAUCAGAAGCUGAAGGAAAUGAUAGAAAGAUUGAAACAAGAAUGUCAACAUGCAAGGACUCAGGCAGAAAAAGCUCAACUGGAAACAGAGAAGACUUUAGAAUACAAACGUAUAGAAUGGCUGGAGGAGAAGCAUGUGCUUACUCAGCGUAUCACAGAGAAAGAAGAGAAAUACAACCAAGUGAAGAACAAGCUAUGUCGAGCUGCUGUUGCUCAGAAAAAGAGAAAGACGCUCACUGAUAAUAAACAAAGGAGGAUGCAAGAGAAACUAGAACUUUUGGAAGCCAAGAUAGAAGAGCUAGAAAAAGAAAAUCAGGUGCUAAAUAGGCAGAAUGUUUCCUAUGAAGAAUAUGCACACCUCCAGAAGAGACUAAAGGACUUGCAACGUAGACACAACGAAUUCCGGAGUUUAAUUCUGAAUCCUAACAUACCGUCACUCAAUCCAGUCAGUACAAUGUCAUCAUCUGCCUUGCCUCCUGGGCCUGAAGCGUCCUUCCCCCUUCUUCAGGAGGAACAGCAUCAAAGAGAGCUUUCCGUGCUUCGCAAGCGGUUGGAAGAACUAGAAACCACACAGAGAAAACAGCUGCAAGAUCUUGGACCAUCUAGAGAGCGAGUAACGGUGGGCGCGUACAGGGACUUGGCUAGAAACAAGGUCGCUGGAGAAGGCGAUGCGCAAAGUGAGGACUCCAAAUAAACUCUGCAAACUCUACAUGCUGUUAGUGUUCAUUAGCUUAUCCUUUGUACAGGCUUUUAAUAUUUUGCCAAA